AUGCAAACUGUUAAAGGCCAAGGAUUCAUAGCACGAGAUAUGACAUUUGAGAACACUGCAGGGCCUCAAAAGCACCAAGCAGUUGCAUUCCGAUCAGACUCUGAUUUAUCUGUCUUGUUUCGAUGUGCCAUAAGGGGUUACCAGGACACACUAUAUGCACACUCUAUGCGCCAAUUCUACAGAGAAUGCCAAAUCACUGGUACUGUAGAUUUCAUCUUUGGAGAUGGAACCGUGGUCUUCCAAAACUGUCAAAUUCUAGCCAGGAAGGGUCUACCAAAUCAAAAAAACACCAUUACAGCCCAGGGCCGCAGGGAGCUAGCUGAAACCACAGGAUUCUCUAUCCAAUUCUCCAACAUAUCUGCUGAGCCAGAUUUACUAGCUUCAGUGAACUCCACGCCCACAUACCUUGGUCGUCCGUGGAAGCUAUAUUCGCGGACAGUCUUCAUGCAAUCGUACAUGAGUAGCGCAAUUAGAGCAGAAGGGUGGCUAGAGUGGAAUGGGAAUUUUGCUCUGGAUACUCUCUACUAUGGUGAAUAUAUGAACUAUGGCCCAGGGGCUGGUUUGGAUAGCAGGGUCAAGUGGCCAGGGUUCCAUGCAAUGAAUGACUCAGCUCAGGCCAGCAACUUCACCGUGUCUCAAUUCCUUCUGGGAAACUCAUGGUUGCCUUCAACCGGUGUCAAAUACACAGCAGGACGGAUGGUUUAA